AUGAUCACAGCAUUGAAGAAGGAGCAGAAAGAACUUAAGGCGGAGCUCAUGAAAAAGAAUUCAGUUCGGUGGGACCGACAAGGCAAGACUCAGAGCCUCGCCAAGAAGAACGAGGCGAUGAAUGUACAAAAAACAUACGAGAAGCUUGCCAAGCAGCUGCGGGAGGAUCUCAGUGCACAGAAAAAGCAACUGAAGGCCAUGGAAGAAACUUCCAGGGCAAAGAAACUAAACAUCUUGCAGCUCAAGCAGCUGGCGCACGAUGCACAGCUGGCCAAGGAGCAGGCCAAGCAAGAGUUCCAAAGGGUCAAAGAGGAAGUGGAGAGGGAGCGUUCAGAACGGCAUAGGGACUUGGAGGAGCAGAGAAGUCAAUAUCGAGCAGUCCAAGAUGUGAGGGGAGCACUGCGUGAAAGGCACCACAGCAAAUUAGCCAAUGAGGCAGGAAGUGAGGGUGCGAAUCAAGUGCACGCUCAGCAGCUGUUAGAGAAAAUGCGUGCUGUCGUGGCCGUCGAGGAUCCCGCAGACGUCAUGGACAGGGUCGUGGCACAGCGGAUGGCGCACGACAGCCUUGUUGAAAAGGAGAGGGAAUGCAAAGGGAAAGAGCUGGAGCUGUCAAAGAACCUGGACUACUUCAAGUUGCACCUGGGCGAGCUCCGAUCUGCAGGCUCCAAUGCGCGUGGCUCGGGUGGCAUGGUGGACAGGGCUGAGGCAGAGCUGCGAGCUGUCACUGAUGAGUGCAACAACGCCAGAGACGCGUCAGAGGCAAUGGCUCGCACGGUUGUGGAGGCUGUGGCGGGUCUGCAACACAUCGUGCAUGCGCUUACUGGGAUCCCCAGCCAGGUGCCCCCUCUUCCGGUUGCGCCAGAGACCCUGGUGGAGGUGACGUGCCAAUGCGGGGACAGGCUGGAGUGGGCACAGAAGCAGAUCUGA